GCCUCUGUCCUGGGACGCUGUGCAAGCGGGGCGAGAUGGGGUCUCAGCAUCGCCAUGACGAUAAGUGGCCUCUUCCUCCUGAAGGCGUUUGUUCUUGCGUCUCUGGCAGCCUGGGUUACCUCAGGAGAGCUUGUGAAACCUGGAGCCUGUCCUCCUGACAAGAACCCCUGCAGAGACUUGUGCCAGGGUGACGACGCGUGUCCAGCCGGCCACAAGUGCUGCAGCACGGGCUGUGGGCGGGUGUGCCGAGGAGACCUUCCCAAGGGGAGGAGAGGAGAAUGCCCCAGGGUUCUUCGAAAGCAAUCCUGCUUCAGAAGGUGCGUCAACGAUGAGUCUUGUCCGGGCGAGAAGAAAUGCUGCGUGUUUGGCUGCAAGAAGAGCUGUGUGGUCCCCGAAUCUGCACAGAUGUUGGCAGAAGUUGGUGGUGAAUGUCCUGCUGACCCCCUUCCAUGUGAAGAACUGUGUGAUGGAGACCUGUCCUGUCCCCAGGGGCAUAAAUGCUGUAGCACCGGCUGUGGUCACGUCUGCCGCGGAGACAUUGAGGGAGGGCGAGCAGGCAGUUGUCCCAGUGUUCUGGUGGGUCUGUGCAUCGUCAACUGUAUGAUGGAUGAGAACUGUCAGGCUGGGGAGAAGUGCUGCAAGUCAGGGUGCGGCCGCUUCUGUGUCCCACGAGGCCUGCUGCCUGAACACACCACCCACACCAACUGGACAGUCAGGUCCGAUUCCCAGUCAGAGGUCCUGGAGCCCUAGCUGUCCCGACUUCCCUGGAGCUUUUGCCGACUCUGGGAGAUGUGGCUUGGCAGCCAGGAGAAGGUGCCAUCUUGGGGCUGUGCCGAGCCCUCCUGGCCUUCUUGACUCUGCUUCCUUCCUCCUGCUGCGUGGAGAGUUGAGCUGGCCCUGUGUCACACAGUGGGUGUGUGUGCUUCUGUUCCCCAAUACAGGCUGCUU